AUGAAGAUUACAGUCACAUGCGACUUGACUGGUGCAAAUGUGUUUCCACUCGAAGUAAACAGCGACAUGGAAAUGGAAAAUUUUUUGGCACUUUGCAGAUUCGAAAUUCCUGUCCUGAAUGGUGUACCGAUGUCGCAGUUAAAAAUUAUUCAUAAUGGUCAUACAAUAAAUGUGAAUGCAAAUAAUUUGAAAACAACUUUGAAUGACUGGAAAAUAUACGACAAUGAUGUAAUUGUUCUGGUAGCAGACAUGCCGACAACAUCAUCCGUACAACCUCAAUUUUCGAGUGCUGUGAUUACUGAUUUAGUAAAGUCAAUUAGAGUGCCACAAGACAGCAUGCGUCGCGACAAGAAUCUGAAAGACAGUGAACUUGCUGAACUUCGUACGUUGUUCGAUGGACUCCGGAAUAGCGCAGAACGUCGUAACCGUUUGCGUAAUGUUGUGCCGAAUUUAAUUGCUGCAGUUGAUCAAAAUAAUUUUGAUAUGUUUAAAAUGAAAUAUAUCGCCGAACGACAAAGUGCGUUUGCCCGAGAACGAGCAAUGCUUGAUCCAACAAGUGCCGAAGGACAGCGACUGAUUGCGGAACAAAUCCAACGUGAAAACAUCGAUUUUUCACAUCAGUUCGCAAUGGAACAUAUGCCAGAAGCUUAUAUACCUGUAUCGAUGUUGUACAUCAAGAUGAAAAUAAAUGGGGUUGAAGUAAAAGCAUUCGUGGAUUCAGGAGCACAAGUGUCGAUAUUGUCCGAUUCCGUUGCGCAACGUUGUAAUUUGAUGCGCUUAGUGGAUCAAAGGUUUCAAGCAACGGUGCACGGAGUUGGUGGUGCCCAACAAUUAUUAGGAAAAAUACAUGCCUGCCAAGUUCAAAUUGAAGAACAAUUUUUCUCAUGUAAUUUUGAUGUUCUGGCAAAUCGUGAUAUUGACGUUUUGCUUGGCCUCGACAUUCUUAAACGACACCGUUGUGUCAUUGAUUUACAAAUCAAUUGUUUACGAUUCGGUGAAUCAGCAGUUACACAUUUUCUACCAGACUCAGAAGUUCCGCAAAGAAAUCUUGAGCGAUUUGGGACUACAAAUGCGACCACUGCGAAUGUGGAAGUGGAUAGCGCAAAACUGGCUUCACUGAUGGCACUUGGUUUUGAAGAAGCAGCAGCUCGUGCAAUGCUUAUACAGUGCGGAAAUGAUGUUGAAGCGGCGGCCGCAAAUUUAUUGGCUAAGAAGUCACCAUUAUGA